CCCCGACUACCACAGCGAUCAGUGCUCCCGCAGCAAUGCUACCAAAUACUGAUAGAACGACUCCAAGAUCUACCACAGGCACCACAAUUUUCUCUCCAAGCGAAUGCCCAACAAUGGAUGGCUGGCAAUUGACAAAGGUCGGAGGCAAGGCUACUAAACGAUGUCCGAAAAAUUAUAUUGGAGAGAUAUUUAGGACGUGCGAAAACAAUGGCCACUGGUCGAAGAAUGAGGACUCAUCCCACUGCAAGACACCAGAUCUCUGGCACGUGGAAAAUAAUGUGAAAAACAGCACGAACAUACAAGAAGUAAUCUACGCGCUCGGAAACUUCACUCGUCACGUCCACGAUGACGGGUACAUCAGAAGCGUAUAUUCGGCUCUUUCAAGUGUCAUGAAAAAACUUGAAAUGCUCCUCAACAACACACCGGAAACUGAACGGGCUAGUCAGACCCAACAGCUGGCCACAACAGUUGUCGACCUCGCCAGUGCAACCAUGCAAAAGCCGCACAUCUGGAGUAUCAUACCAGAGAGUGAGAGACUUGACACGGCAGCUGGUUUGGCGCACAGGGUGGAAAGAAUUUUCAUCAGAAUGAUCAUGCACCAGUAUCCAAACGUAACAGAAGCGAAGUUUGGAAAUGAAAACUUAAUUAUGCAGGUCAAGCUGGUGACUCAAGAAAGCCUCAAGAACACCACCGUACUAAGUUCUGGCCCUGGUGCGACUGUCGUAUUGCCUCCUCACUUCCUGUCGGGAGGACCUUCAAAUGCAGUCGUCAUAUUCUCUGAAAACACCCUCGUGAAUGAUAUAUUUAAAACGAUGACGCCAUCGGCGUCAUCCAAGUAUCCUAUCCUAGCAACGUCCUUCGUCACCGCAUCAAUUGUGUCAAAUGAUCAACGCACCUCGAAAAUAAACGGGAAUGUGACGCUCUUUUUCAAGUACAACAACGCGUUGAAAAAGCUAACGCCGAAAUGCUCUUUCAUAGAAGUCAAUGCGAACGGCAGGAGUGAAUGGAGUACUGAAGGUUGCACACUUGUGAGGAUAACAGAGAACGAAGUCGAGUGUUCAUGUAAUCACCUGACUGUAUUCGCCGUCAUCAUGAGUGGAAAAAAUAUCGUCGACGUGGAUGACAUCAUCAGACUCGAGUGGAUCACCAAGAUUGGAUGCGGCAUAUCCAUCGUCUGCCUGGCCACUUGCAUCGUCAUAUUCUCCGUGUAUAGACAGUUGAGAGGAAUUAGGAACACCAUUCAUCGAAACCUGUGUCUGUCACUCUUGAUCGCUGAGAUUAUCCUCCUGGCUGGAAUGCAGAGAGUUCCAAAUGACUGGGUGCCGCCGGAGCCACCUGUACCAGUUAUUCCGGUACCCUUAUCCUGCACUGUGGUGGCCUUCCUGCUGCACUUCUUCUUCCUGUCCGCCUUCUGUUGGAUGGCGCUCGAAGGCUGCCACAUCAUAGUGCUCCUCUGGAAGGUGUUCAACCAGAAACGCACCUACUACGAGAGGUACUACUUCGCCGGAUACGGAAUUCCUCUAAUAAUUGCAAGUAUAACCCUCGGAUGUCGAUACGACUUGUAUGCUAACAGGAAGGCCGAUGACAGAUUCUGCUGGAUUCCUGAAGAGAAAGGCGUCCGGUACAGCUUCAUCGGCCCCGUUGCGGCAGUUAUACUGCUCAACGUGGGUGCACUUUGUCUCGUGCUAUGGAAGAUGUCUCAUGUGCGUCUUGUGGUGGAAAAGUCGACGGCUGAAAAAGUCAAGAAUUGGGUGAGAGGAACUUUCAUCCUGUUGCCCAUACUAGGGGUCACGUGGCUUUUUGGCUUCCUCAUGCUCGGAGAUAAGGACUUGCACAGGGUUGGAGCUUAUUUAUUUACCAUCUUCAAUUGCCUUCAGGGAUUGGGAAUCUUCGUUUGCCACGUCUUCAUGAGCAAAAAGACGAGAGAAGCAAUAUUCAGGAGCGUCGUAAACACGGGAAGCAUCCUGAAAGGAUCGAUGUCGUCGCGGCCCUCAGGUUCCGGAACCUCGUCCACCAAAACCACCUGGUACCCAAUCUCCUUAUCAUCGAACUCUACCUCCCACUCCUCGUCCUCUUCCAACGGCAUCCCAUCAAACGAUGCUGAACAACCCUCGCAGUCGUUCAACUCUGAAGCUUCGUCCUGGACGCCCCUCCAGUGGUUGCCCGGAACCCGCUUCAGGUACAACCUGCGGCUGAAUCAGGACGACACCGGGCCGCUGCGCAGCACAGCCCGGCUCGGCAGCGGGGACCAACAGGGCCAGCCCACAGUCGUCAAGUUCCGAUGGGCCAGAAGCAUCGCGUCGUGACGGACACCACGCCGAGCUCACGUUGCACGAGGGCAAACAGUUCCUGUCGCGCUGAUCGGCAUUGUUAAUUGCUGGCGUGCUUCACGCGGCACACGCUGCUUACACGCGAGGCUUUGCGCGAAUCUCGCACGACGAUCAUGGAUCUGCAGUGCCGUUUGUGACCAAAUUAUGAUUUACUUAACUGUGAAGGUGGAGACUGAUAGACCAAUAGCAAGAACUCAAAAUCCAUUUGUGUUGCAGCAGAACAGCCAUUUGGACUAGUUUGUUAGCGGUUCAUUAUUGAAGAUAGAAGUGGGGAGAUAGAAGUGUUGUUCUUCUCUCAUCCAGUCCGUGUUAGGUACUGAGCCCCACUUCUAUCUUCCAUAAUUAUCCAUUUACGUCGUUGUGGAACACACCAUUUGGUAGUUUUGAAUGACGUGCAAAGGGGCACGGCUCUAUUGUCUCAAAACAGUUGUUAAUAUGAAGUUCCGCAAAACUCCGAGUUUAGUUCACAAGCAUUUUUUGGUUAUAGCUCACAAGCUGAUAAGAUGUAAAAAGCAGGUGCUAACCUAGAUCAGACAAUAACAUGCAAUGUGCGCUUGAGACAAUUGAUGUGAUUCACAAAGAUUUUUUGUUUGUUUGCUUUUUGACGGCAGCUGCUGUUUGUAAUGAGACCAGCGCUGCCACUAAUCUUAUGUGCAACAUCUUUAGUGACUGUCAUCAGUUUUUAAGAACAGGACAAGGGCAGUAACUUUAUGGUGCACACAACCUGACGCUGAGAGACUUAAACUUGCUUAUUUCAACUCCCAAAACACUAAAGGGUGUUACGUGCCACCAAAUUGUUCGUCGAAGACUUUUUCAAUGCGAGUAUUUUUUGUAUGCGAGAAAAUAACGAAACAUUAAGAGUUAUUUUGACGCGGUGAUCUAACGUAAUGCACCACUGAGUCCAGGCGUCAGGCGAGAUUCGUGCAAAACUUGCGCCAACUUUUCGUCAACGCUGUGUUGAUUGCGUCGGCCAACAAUUGCUUUAAUUAAGAUAGCGUCAAUCAACAUUUACUGAGCCAACGUCCCAUAAGUAAUGAAGGGGUUGUGUUCUACUCAUUCCGUCUUCUUAACCGCCCGUUUAAUUGAUAGUGCCUGUACAACUAAGGUAUAAUCAUAUUUCGUGUUUUGGCGCGCACAGCAGUCAUAUUCUUCUCUCGGAAGUGUGACGCACGUCAAAGAAGCGGUUCUAAUUUUUCUUUGGUAAACAUUCGCUUUUGGUACCACAAAACGUGCUUUGACCCAGAUACUUUGAAUUCAAAAGACAAGCUGCAUAAAGCAUUCCAAAAAAGUUGGUAGUGAGAGCGAAAUGCGCAAUCACAGCAUGAUCUAAAUCAUUAGCACUUCUUCUUUCGGAACGAGAAGGCAAGAAGAGCAGAGGAAAGAAGCAGAUUAGUGCAUUUAAUUUUUGUUAGACGCAGCCAUUGGAAGCCACCAUACUGUUGACCUCAUAUGGCUAGUACGAAUCUGAGACAUUGGUACACUAGCUUCCCAAUAAAGCUGCAAAAACACUGAUAAGUUAGUUUACAAAUCUGUAUUUGAAGUUACUCUUGUAGACACACUUGGGUCCUUUGUAAAACUGUUUUAUUUUUUUCCUAUCAGGUUUUCUCCUUAGUUCCACGAUUGUCGUGAUACACCGUUAUUUUUAGCCUGCAUGAAUAUGAAAUCCGACUGAAAGACGUGCGUAAAGCAUGUUACUUCUACUUUACGCAUACUCCUCAUAAAUUUUAUUAUUAAAUUCUUUAGCGAAGUGUUCCGGGGUGCGUUUAUCAUAAAAGUAUGAUGUUUUAAUUUUCUUCUUUAUAGCGAAGUCGGCAUCAAAGCCACCUAACAUUGUUGUAACACAGUCACACGUACGUGCGGACUCGUGAAAUGCCCCGGAUAUAUUUUGGUCAUUCCGAACAAAAAACAUCCAUGCUUCAGUUAUAUGUGUCAUGGCAGCUAAGAAUAAGCAGUGCACUUUUUAAUGACCUAUAUCGAAAAGAGCAAGAACUGACUGUUAUCUUGGUAUAACAAAGCAAACUGUUGAUCUGCUUAUCGUGCACAUGAAUAGUGGGUUGUACGCAUGUUCAGGUGGUGCGAGCAAUGUGACCUGCAAUAUUGUUUCUCGUUUGUAUGUUCCUAAAAUACAAUGUCUGGAUAUGCUCUUAGGAUAAUUAGAUCAAAGUGUUCCAUUUAUUUCGAUCGUGUUUUUGCAGCCAGCAAGUACUGGGCUUUUGCGUAAGUAGAGGACCCUUCUUUUCAUCAAGUCGUUGCUGGCCUAACUCUCGUACACUGUAUACGACAGUCUCUCUUUCUUUCCUUUUUUUUCAUUGUUCACUACCACAAACUAGGAGAGGCAAUCCCAAAGAAAUUAAUUAAGGUACCUUUGUCAAGCAAGGUGGAUCUCUACGGCCUCUUUUCUCACGCAUUGUAAUCAACAAAUGGCAACUCUAUCAUUCCAUUUUUAGCCAUGAUAGCCAGCAUCGGAGGCACUUGUCAAGGAACCGUGCUAUGUGUCAGUCAGAUUAGGAUAACUUAAAAAAGCACUGGAAUUGAUAACCUGCACACUCAAAAAUGUUGGGCUUCUUUUGCUUUAAAAGUGCGGCACUUCAUUUCGUUUAUAUAACAGCACCAGCAAUGAUAUCAUGUGCGUCUUUGGGCUUUUGUCACUGCUGAAGAAAACUCUUUGAUAAUGUUCAUAAAGAGGUUAUUAGACAGCGUCUUUUAAGUCGCCUGGAAUGAAUGAAUGAAGCAACCAAAAAGGUAGAAGGCCGGGAGGCUAACCAGAUAGACUUCCGGUUGGCUAGGCUACACUGGGGUAUAAGGAAAAAGUAUUAGAAAGAUGAGAAAGACACUCUAGAAACGUAACAUAUUCCUCGGUGUGUGAGGGUUGUCAUGAUUGUUUUGUUCAUUGCAUAUUUUAUUUUGUAGGCUGCAUGAAAUUCAGUAGUCGUUGAAAUAGGUUUCCUUCUUCAUUAUGCUCUUCACUUUACUUUAUUGUGUAUAGGGAAAAUAUUAGCUUGCGAGUUUUGGAAUUGUAGAUAUAAAAAGUGUCCUAGCUAAAGUUAUGCAACCUACUUAAUUCAUUUCCUGAUUCGCCCCUCCCCCCCCACCCAAACCAACAUAGUUCUUCUACGGCUAUCAGAAGAAAACAUAUUGCCGGACAAAGUAUAGCACUCAGUUUUCACUGUAGCAGUUCUUGCUUGUUUUUUUUUCUUUAUGUUAGUGCUCUAGUAACGUUGCCAUAGUAUAGCACGUCAACCCGUACAUUACUGAAUGAAGUAAAUAAUUUGCAACAGCCUCGGCCGGCUUUUUCUGUCGUUACCCUGUGAUUUCUGAAGCACUUUCGUGUCAAGUUUAGCUUGACGCCAAGUUGUUUAUUUUUCGCUUUUUUUUUCUUUUUUUCAUCUUUGUGAACCUAAUGUUCUCCUUAUUUGCCAUACAAAAAAAAAGCACUUUAGAUGUUAAUUUCGGCAUAAAAAAAGCAACAACUUUGAAUGACAGUUCCUCGAAUCCAUUCUGUACGAGAGCGUGUGAUGUCCGUUCACCUCCGAUGCAGCACCUAGUCAGGGCUCAAUAUUUUACUCCGAUUAAAUCGUUAUGUGUUUCUUGUUUCAUUUCGUUAUGUUUUUUUUUCCAUGAAUGAAAUCACUCGUUCUCUUGUUUGAAAUGUACGGAUACAAGUGUGUACUAUGUACUCCACUUUUACGUUCAUUGCCGCAGCAAAUCGGUGACGUUCAUUAUGAAUGGAACCCCUGAGCGAGGCCUGUUUCUAGGUAUGAUGGUGUGCUAGUCAACUUGUGCUUCUCAUUAUUGUUCGCCCUCGCACUCGCAUGUGUUUUUCGGUGCAUCAUCAUCGGCUCUUGUGUAAGUUUGAUGUGUAGCUCUUUAUAUUCUCAUCUGUUCGUGAAGCUCAUAUUGACAAAUAAAGUUCACCCGUGUUUGUGUCACACGCA